GAUUAGAUGUUCUUCUAUUCCAUUUCGCACCUUUUUUAUAGUGUUGGUAGUUUUGAUUAUGUAAUUUGAUGAUUAUUUUAUAUUUACCUUCGAAGCUGUUUCGCUCCCUGGUUUUAUGUUUGAUGCCGAUGUAUAUAUUAAUGGAUUAACCUUAACCCUGCAAGUGGACGAACAGAAGUUCCUAGGGGGUCCUCCCUCAUAAUUUCUUCCCCUUUAAUAAAUAUUCUUAGUCUUGCAUAACAAAUAGGAUUUUUUUUGUUAUAUUCUGGCAAGUGGAUCUGUUAGGCUGAUCAGGAAAUGGGCACAUAGAAUUAUUGAAAUGGGUAUAUACCUCAGCAAUCCCAAAACUGAGAAGUCCUCUGAAGAUGGUGAGAAUAGAUGGCUUAGAUAUGGACUAUCGUCUAUGCAAGGAUGGCGUGCUACAAUGGAAGAUGCUCAUGCUGCAGUUCCUGAUCUGGAUUCCUGCACUUCCUUCUUUGGUGUUUAUGAUGGCCAUGGUGGUAAGGUGGUUGCAAAGUUUUGUGCCAAGUACCUACAUCAGCAAGUGAAGAAAAAUGAAACUUGUGCGGCUGGAGAUUUAGGAUCUUCUGUGCAGAAAGCAUUCUUCAGAAUGGAUGAAAUGAUGCGUGGACAAAGAGGUUGGAGAGAAUUAGCUGUUUUGGGUGAUAGAUUGAACAAGUUCACUGGCAUGAUAGAAGGGUUAAUCUGGUCCCCGAAAAGCAGUGAUGCAAAUGACCUGGCUGAUGAUUGGGCUUUUGAGGAGGGCCCGCACUCUGAUUUUACUGGUCCAACUUCCGGGUGUACAGCUUGUGUUGCAAUUAUUAGAAACAACAAACUUGUUGUUGCAAAUGCUGGUGAUUCUCGUUGUGUGCUAUCAAGAAAAGGCCAGGCCCACAGUCUUUCUAGAGAUCACAAGCCUGAUCUUGAGGCUGAGAAGGAUAGAAUUCUGAAAGCUGGCGGUUUUAUUCAUGCUGGACGAGUCAAUGGUAGCUUGAACCUUGCCAGAGCUAUUGGUGACAUGGAAUUUAAGCAGAACAAAUUUUUGCCUGCUGAAAAGCAAAUUAUUACUGCAAAUCCUGAUGUGACCACUGUCGAGCUUUGCGACGAUGAUGAGUUUAUUGUGAUAGCUUGUGAUGGUAUAUGGGAUUGCAUGUCUAACCAGCAACUGGUAGAUUUUAUACAUGAACAGCUAAAAUCAGAAAGUAAACUCUCCGUGGUUGUUGAGAGAGUACUUGAUAGGUGUUUGGCACCUUCCACAGCUGUUGGCGAGGGAUGUGAUAACAUGACCAUGAUUUUGGUGCAGUUUAAGAAAGAUAUUCAAUCAAACUCCUCUCUGGAUGAGCAAACUUCAACUGUCGCCACCACCUGUGCCGAAUCAGACAGCACCGAAUCGAUGCAAAAAGAUGAAUUGAGCUAG